AAACACUAAAAAUUGCUUCCACUGGAGGGCUAGUAAUCAUGCUUUCAAGCUUUGUGUGUCUUGUGUUCCUUGUUCUCUUUGCUCUGAUCUUGAUGAUCAAGAUCUUUCUCACACAAUGGUGGACUCCAACUCGCUUCCAGAAGUUGAUGGCUCGGCAGGGAAUCAAAGGCCCUUGUUACAGACUUGUCCAUGGAAACACCAAAGAGAUCUUGAACAUGAAAACUGAAGCUAUCAGCAGGCCCAAACCUUUGACACAUGACCUAUUUCCUCUGGUUCAACCCCAUUAUCAAUCAUGGUUCAAGAGAUAUGGGAAGGUUUUUCUUCAAUGGUAUGGUACUGAACCUCAGUUGGUGAUCUUGGAGCCCGAGUUGUGUAAAGAGAUACUGAAUAACAAGGACAGAGUUUAUAUGCAAAAGGAUCCACAAGGCUUUGUGAAGAAGCUAUUAGGAAAUGGCCUUGGGACUGCUGAGGGUGAGCAUUGGGCAAAACUGCGAAAGAUAGCCAACCAUGCCUUUCAUGGUGAGAGCUUAAAAAAUAUGAUUCCGGACAUAAUAGCCAGUGCUGAGAACAUGCUACAUAGGUGGAAAAAUCAUGAGGGAAAGGAGAUUGAGGUGUAUCAAGAAUUUAGGUUGUUAACUUCAGAAGUGAUUUCCAGGACAGCAUUUGGUAGCAGUUACUUAGAAGGCAAGACCAUUUUUGACAUGUUGACCAAGUUAUCCUCCUUAUUGUUCAGAAAUUCUUACAAAAUCAGGCUUCCUGGCAUCAGUAAGCUUUUCAAAUCACGCGAUGAGAUUGAAGCAGACAAGGUUGAGAAGGAUAUCCGCUCCUCCAUAUUAAAGAUUGUAAAGAAAAGAGAAAAGGAGGCUGCAGUGUCUGGAAAGGGAGACUGGUUUGGUAGUGAUUUUCUUGGAUUACUUUUAAAGGCACAUCACGAUGCCGAUGAAAGAAGUAAGAUCUCAGUAGACGAUAUAAUUGAUCAGUGCAGGGCAUUUUACUUUGCUGGACAAGAAACCACUAAUGGCUUGCUAGCUUGGACCGUCUUUCUUCUGGCACUGCAUCCAGAUUGGCAAGAGAAAGCAAGAAAAGAAGUAACACAAAUAUUUGGAAAACAAAAUCCAAAUCCUGAUGGCAUUGCCAAACAAAAAACAAUGAGUAUGAUCAUCAAUGAGUCUCUAAGGUUAUAUCCUCCGGUUAUUCAAUUGGUAAGGAAAACUGGAAGAGAAGUUAGACUCGGGAAGUUCAUUCUUCCAGCUAAUAUCCAAGUACUCAUCCCAAAUGUGGCAUUUCACCAUGACCCUCAAAUUUGGGGACCAGAGGCCCAACUUUUCAAACCAGAGAGAUUCUCAGAAGGAGUUGCUAAAGCUACUAGAGAUAACAUGGCUGCAUUCUUACCGUUUGGGAUGGGACCUAGAAUCUGUGUGGGUUUCAACUUUGCCACCACUGAAACAAAGAUUGCACUGUCGAUGAUUCUACAACGCUACACCUUCACUCUUUCCCCGGGUUAUGUCCACUCUCCUCUUCAGUUUCUUACAGUUCGGCCGCAGCAUGGAGUUCAAGUAAUGUUACACUCACUCUGAAAUUUGAAUGCCAGAAUCCCCAUAAUCUUGCUUUGCAUGCGUGAAGAGUCUAGACAUCAAUGCCUUUGGAUAUCCUAGUUUACAAAGUGUACUACCUCUCCUUUAUGUUAGAAGGUUCCUCCUGUUCUUGCUGCUUUGUAGAUUCUCUUUGGUGUUCUACUAUCUUGUACACAAAUAUAAACUGUCUUUUACUUCAACAGUCCUGCAGUUCAGGUCCAUAACCCUGUUUAUGUUAAGAAGAUUCUGAUC